AUGGAAAUUGCCCGAACUCCAGACGCUACAUCCGCGGAAGCUGUACAACCAAAAAAAUGUACCACUAAACCAGGAUUGCUAAGCCCGCCCACCGUAUUACCCGAGUUGGUGCCUGCCAGUAAAUCAUCAGCCGAGCAGGUAUCUGUCAAUAGGACUGGCGUUAGCAAACCUAGACAAUCUAAAAGUCGAAAUGGGUGCAUGACAUGCAAAACCAAGAGACUCAAAUGCGAUGAGACGAAGCCUACAUGUCAGCAAUGCCAUAAACGGAAUGUUAGCUGCGGAGGCUACAAGAAGGACUUUAAAUGGAGGCCAUUUGAAGAAUCUACCUUCACAACAAAAUCCAUUGCCAAAGUGAAAAAAGGUUUAUCUCUACGUGCGCCACCACCCUCUCCUUCCACGCCUACAUGUAAACCAGCUCGCUCAGUUCUGAGCUCCUUAACUCCGUAUAAUUCUAAUUCCCCCGAAGAAGAUGUCACAUCACAAUAUCAUAGUUUAUAUUCUACGCUGGAGAGCAUAGCGCCGCUUCCUCCGUAUGAUAGCUAUCAGCGUGACAUCUUUCCAUCGAUUCUGGACUUACAGGAUCAGUAUUUAGAUGACUACGAGUAUGAUGAUAUGAUGCCCGGCUUAUCAUAUUUUUCUUCAGCCCAAUCUCCAAAAGUAUCUGAGAAUAUAUUGAUAAAUAAUAUGGUAGCCGGAGUCGAAAAUACUCCUCAGUGGCUUUCGUCGUCUGUGCCCCUCACCCCAGCUCUGAUUGACCUCAGGAAUGACGAUGUGGAGGAAAUAGUUCGACAGUCUCCCCCGGAGAAAAACGUGACCUCGAGCUGGAGCACUCUAUCGACAUCAAUUCCUUGUUUCAAAACCAUAUUUAAAAGGACCAUUUCUCAGGGACCAUCCUUACAUCCGGAGUCGCCAGCAAUGCUCCUUACCAGAUACGACCGCCAGACAUGUGGUAUUCUGUCAGUGAAGGAUGGGAUUUCUGAAAACCCCUGGAGAACUUUGAUAUGGCCUCUAGCUGUGGACUGCCCUGCACUCUUCCACGCAAUUUGUUGCCUAUCUGCUUUUCACUGUGUCAAAGAGAACCCCCGUUUGAGAGUUCACGGCAUGGAUCAUAUGCGACAGAGUAUCAGUAUGCUGGCCACAGGUAUUGGAACUAUGAAAACAGAUGAGGCAUUGGCUACAACCCUAGCACUUGUAUUUGCAGAGUCCUGGGAUCGUCACAUUUCCACUGGCGUACAACAUCUUCGAGGGGCGAGAAUUUUACUGAACCAGGCUGUGAUACAGCAACAGCAGCGUACGGAUAUGCAAGCAGAUGACCUAGGGCGCCUGAGAUUUUUGUACAAUACUUGGCUUUAUACCGAUGUCAUCGCAAGACUCAUUUCUCUAGAGGACGGAGAAUUCGAAGAAGUUGCAUUACCACACGAUUUCACCCCUUCCUUACCAUACUCACCUGUCCACGAAGUUGACCCUCUCAUGGGGUGUGCGACGACAUUGUUUCCACUAAUUAGCCGUGUUGCCAAUCUCGUUCAGAAGGUUCGCAGGUCUAAAACUAACUCCAUUCCCAUCAUAUCGCAAGCUAUGGAGCUUAAAACGCUCAUUGAGGAAUGGGAAGUUCCGAAGUAUUUUCAACCACCAGUGGAUCCAACUUCAAACGUCCAACAUAGCUUCCAGACCGCGCAAGCAUAUCGCUGGGCGACUCUGCUAUAUCUUCACCAAGCGGUUCCCGAGAUCCCAUCGGAGUCUGCGGCUCAACUUGCCAAGCGCGUUCUUGUACUUUUAGCUACCGUCCCACCAAGUUCUCGAGCAACAAUUGUACACAUAUACCCUCUGCUUGUUGCGAGCUGCGAAAUGAAAAAUGGGGAGGAUCGUAAUUGGGUCAAGGAGCGUUGGGGGGCGAUGCAGUCAAGACUAAUGAUUGGAAACGUCGAUCGCUGUCUUGAAGUUGUUCGCGAAGUGUGGGAUCGCAAGGAUGAGUAUGAUCGACAGAAUAUGAGGUCAACGGAGGCUGCUUUUGUACAACUCGUGGAUACUACCAAACGAAAGAGCAUCUAUGGAGUUGGAAUAGGGUCUGUAGUGGACGAUGAGGAUGAUCUGAGUGAAGAUUCUGCGACAUUCGAGCAUUCGGACCAACGACCAACAAACAGACAGAUUCUAGCAUCUCCGGGAGACGUGAAAAUGCCACGUUCGAUCUCGUCUCCACGGCAAGCACCGGUUAGUCCAAUCAGAAGAGGGUCGUUUAUUCCGGGGGUGGACAGUCUGGGAAUCGAAAAUACUGUACGGGGAAGACUACACUGGGUUGGAGUGAUGAAGGAUUGGGGAUGGGAAGGUGAUUCUUCGAUGCUAAUCUCCUAUACCAAUCCAACCCAUGCCAAUGCGCAACUUCCUCCAUUUUGUAAACCACGCAACUAA